ACCAGCGCUUUGCGCAACUGGAGUAGAAAAUAAGUUUUAAAGAAACAUGCACGGAGGGAAUGAGAGCGAAGCGAAUUCCCCUCAAAGCUCCACGAUUGCGGCUACGAAGUCGCCAGAGGCGCCCGACAUUGAGGGUGCAAGGGACGAGGGCUCUCAGCUAUGCGGUUAUCUCAAUAAGGUCGUGGGUAAAGGCCCACUAAGAGGUUUUAAAUCCCGGUGGUUUGUGUACGAUCCCAGGACGUGCUAUUUGUAUUACUUCAAGACUCCGCAAGACGCUCUGCCCCUGGGACACAUUGAAAUAGCCGAUGCCAGCUUCUGCUACGAUGUGGAAGGGGAGGAGGGACAGUUUGAGAUCCGCACUUCAGGAAAGGAAUUUUUGCUCAAGGCGCCGAGCGGGCAGGUGAUGCGGUACUGGCUGCAGCAGCUGCAGCAGAUGCGCUGGGAGUUCUGCACCGCCCGAGGGUCCGGCUGCCGGGAUAGCUGGAGUUCCCCCACCCUGCCCCACCCCCACAGCGGCCUGGUGGCUCGCAACGCUGAGGCCUUUGCCCUGGCCAAGCGCAGUGACACUGUGGAGAAGGUGGAGAAGGUGCGGAGCGACUUCGCCGUGGAGACCAGCGCGGAGGGGCAGGUGGGGGCGCACACCGCCCGGAGCCCCACCGCCAACCUCAAUCGCUCCUUCAAACAGUGGGGCACGGAGCUGAGAAACUCUUUUCGGCCGGGUCGCGGGGGCGAGUCGAAGAGCAGCGCCUCCUACCGGGUCCGCUCGGGCGACUGGGAGAUGGCGGCCACGGGCAUCCCGCAGGACGCCCCCAGGAAGACCCCCACAGAAACACACAAGAACUCCAGCGGCUCGGCGUUCACGUUCGACCUGGGCCGCGGGUCCCUGCGCCCGCGCCGCCCCUCCCUGCGGGACAGGACGGCGUUGGGGAGGCUGGGUCGCACCGCGGACGCGCCCCCGUCAGAGUGCAACGGCAGCAAGGUCUCCCAGACCGAGCUGCGCCUCCAGAGCCAGGAGGAGGAGCUCACACUGCUCCGCGAGGAAAUGGCCAGUUACAAGGAGCUGGUGCGGGUCCUACAGCAGAGCCUGAAGGCCUCGCAGAUGGAGAGGAGCCCUGCUGAUGCCACGCCCAGGGAUCUCAGCGACACGCCCCAGGACGUGUCCGGAGGGCCCCCGAACGUCACUGCGGACACGCCCGAGGAGGAUGAGCGGGCGCGGGCCCUCAGGGGCCAGCUGGAGAGGCUGGCGGCGGAGAAGGAGGGGCUGCAGGGCGAGGUGGUCGCUCUGCAGGGCAGGAUGGGGCAGAUCAGCGAGCAGCUGGCCAUGCUCCUGGACACCAUCCAGGACAAGGACCGCAUCAUCAUGCGGCUCUCCCAGCAGGGCGGCGCCAGCCCCGCGGCAGACUGCACCUCCCCCGCCUCCCUGGCCCCGGAGCCUCAGGAGCUGGACAAACUUAGGGAUAGUCUGCAGGGAUAUAAAUCACAGAAUAAGUUCCUGAACAAAGAGAUCCUGGAACUGUCCGUAUUACGCCGCAGUGCGGAGAGCAGAGAAAAGGUCUUGGAAGCCAAGUAUGUGUCUCUGGAGGCAAAGCUGUGCCAGGUGGAGAGUAAGUACCUGGUGCUGCUGCAGGAGGUGAAGAACCCUGUGUGCUCCUCGUCAGAGCAGAGUCCCGCGCGCGAGGUCAUCUGCAGGCUGCUGGAGGACGCCCUGCAGGUGGACAGCAGUGAGGAGGAGAACCCCAUCUUUAAACCUCACCCCGUCAGCGAGUACGAUGUGUACGGCUUCAAGACCGUUCCCGAGGACGACGAGGAGGAGAGGCUGAUGGCCAAGGCCCGGGCGCUGGACCUGCACUCCUUGUCCCUGACCAACCAGGAGGUGUCGGUGGGGGUGCGCUGGGAGAACUACCUGGCGGGCACGGUCACCCGGGAGAUGGCGCGGUCGCCGGAGCUGAAGGCGCUGAUGCGCAGCGGCGUGCCACACGAGCACCGCUCCAAGGUGUGGCGCUGGUGCGUGGCCUUGCACACCGGAAAGUUCCGGGAGGCCGUCCCGCCCGGCUACUACGAGGGCCUGCUGGCCAAGGCCCGGGAGAAGCAGAACCCCGCCUCCAAGCAGAUCGAGCUGGACCUCAUGCGCACGCUGCCCAACAACAAGCACUACUCAUGCCCCUCCUCCGAGGGCGUGCAGAAGCUCCGGAACAUUCUGCUGGCCUUCUCCUGGAGGAACCACGACAUCGGCUACUGCCAGGGCCUCAACAGGUUGGCAGCCAUCGCCCUUCUCUACCUGGAGGAGGAAAAUGCCUUCUGGUGCCUGGUGACCAUCGUAGAGGUGUUCAUGCCACGGGACUACUACACCAAGACUCUGCUGGGAUCACAGGUGGAUCAGCGGGUGCUGAAGGACCUGAUGACAGAGAAGCUUCCUCGUCUUCAUGCUCAUUUCGAGCUGCACAAGGUGGACUUCUCCCUCAUCACCUUCAACUGGUUCCUGGUGGUUUUUGUGGACAGCCUGGUCAGUGACAUCCUCUUCAAGAUCUGGGAUGCCUUUCUGUACGAGGGACCCAAGAUAAUAUUCCGCUUUGCCCUGGCCCUCUUCAAGUACAGUGAAGAGGAUUUUCUCCGACUGCAGGACCCGACCACCAUUUUCAAACACCUCCGCACCUUCACCCACGAUAUCCUGGAUUCCAGGAAGCUGAUGGCCCUGGCGUUCCAGGGCAUGAACCCGUUCCCCCUGAGGCUGAUCCAGAAUCGGCGAUCCUUCCACCUGGAGAGGGUCCGCCUGGAGCUCACCGAGCUGGAGAACAUUCGGCUGACCUUCCUGAGAGAGAGGGAGAGCACCACGCUCCACGACCGGGUUCCCCUCAGCGACGACGACGAGGACAACUAGCCACGGGCUAAUUCACUCUCAGACACGCCACUGGCAAAUAGGAAGUGUGGAGUGCUUUGUUCCGGCAUUUUCUCCAUUCAGUUGCCAAACAGCAGAUGGGCGAUUGGCUGGGUGUGUUGUGCAUGAGUGUGACCUACCUGAGCUGGAACCUGGCCCCGUUCUGGUCAUUUAGAUGUUUGUUAAUGACAAGAACCGCUAAACUAUCCACGUUUACAGUCCUUCUUGCGGAGUACAUCAGCAUUGCCACUUAUACUUUUUGCUUUUUUCUGCAUGUUCUAUCUUUUUUUUUUAUGGGGGCCUUGCGUUGCUGCCUGGGUGUGCCAGGGUAAGAGGUUUAUAAGACCAAAUUGAACUAUGCAGCUGAAAGUAAAAAUAAUUUGUAAUAUAAAUAAAUUGUUAUUUAGAUGAUGCUUUUAUCCAAAGUGACUUAUGGUCGAUUCGACUAAGCAGGGGGCAAUCCCCCCUAGAGCAAUGCAGGGUUAUGGGCCUUGGUCAAGGGCCCAACGGCUGUGAGGAUUCUUUUGUGGCUACACUGAGGCUUGAACCACCAACCUUCACCAGUAGGCUACAGGCUGCCCCCUAGAUUACGAUGGCGACUGUGGAAGUGUUUUAGAAUGAUAAGGUAUUAAUCAGCAUGAGCCUUUCAGACCAGAAGCAUAAAGUAUAGAUAGAAAUGAUUUGUUUCCUUUGGUACCCUAGUGUCAAAGAAACAGGGUUUUCAGGUUUGAUUGCUGGAAGGGGGGUUGGUAUGGUGUUGCGGCUGGGCCCUGCUCUUUUGUAGUGUACUUAUCUGAUCUGUUUCUGUUUCUUCAUCAAGAUAAACUUUGGAAUUGCAAGCAUAAGCAAGCCUGCACAAGCGACAGCAAUGCAAGUACACUGAAACGCAUGAGUUCUUCUGUGCUGCAGUUGCACACAUAUCGGUGAUGUGUUGGCAUCUAACCUCUUCUCCAUCCUUCCCUUAACUUCACAUGCGCACUUCUUUAAAUCAUCCACGUCUUUAUUUUUAUUUUUUUUGCACUUUAAGCUCUUUUUCACGGAUCUGUAGCCUACAGCCCUCUUCCCGAACCCUCCAUGCCGGCGGGAGAUGUCUCUGAAUCAUUCGGCACAGCUGGAAUCCGCUCACGAACACCGGAUGAGCCGAGAACAGGAAGAGCCACAAAGAAAACACGGCCUGGAUUCUGAGCUCAAAUAUAAAGACAAGGCCAAAUGCCAAGCGUCUGAGCUCAAGACAUUUAACGUUAACUGAACGGGUGUUGUGAAAAUGAUCCUGACAUUGUUGGUUUGACCUUUAAAUGCCAAUUUUUCCUUUCCCAUUUUAUCUUUUGAUGUCUGUCUGUCUGGCAGCUGGUUAUGUUUAAAAGUGAAAUUGAUCAUCCUCAGGUUUUGCAAACCCGUACUCUAGCCGGCCUUGUAGUCUGUACAUAGUCAGCCCCUUGCACUCAGCAUUUCCAGUAUGUCAAAAAUGUACAGGCGUCUCCAUAUUCCGAUGACCUUUGACCCCCUGGCAUCUACAGGCUCGGCUUCAGUGUCUCGGCUUUGUGGCUUUGCGAUCGCACGUCAGUUUGAGGUCCUUCUGUGUCUGAGAACGUUCCCUCGGCUCGCCUGCAGCCAUGGAAGACUCCGCGAUAAUGCUUUCUCUCGCUCUGUACCUGCUGGCCUCCAGGGGGAGUGUUUUUUUAUUUUUAUCCCUUGUUUAAGGAUAGUCUGGAUAUAAUAAAAGCGCAAUUGACACAGACCUUAAGCAGGACGGUUGUGUCUAAUGCCUUUGCGUUUCUGCUGGAAAUGUGAAUGUCGUUAUAUCACCGGACGUUAUUAUGCGUCUGAGCGAGGCUGUUAAAUGCAGGGCUCUAGUGGAAGUGAGUGCGAGGCUGGAGAGCGAAAGGACUCAGUCCUGAGAGGAGGGUAAGAGUCUUUUAAAAUCCUCGUUUGGUUUACUUAGUUCUUCUUUUUUUUUUACGCUUAGAAAUUCUCCUGGAAUCGCAAAUGAGUGUUUCUUGUUACUUUUAUGUAAUCGCCAUAUGGCUUUGUCAUAAACGUACAGAGAACAGUUGCCAAAGUAUUAUGUGGUGCAAUGGAUAUUACCAUGACGAACCUGAUCAUAGUGCACCUUUUGCCAUUUAAUUAAUGUUGAAUUGUCAGUCUUGCAAAUUGGGACACACUGGCAUUUCAAGUCAUGGAAUCUUGCACUUCAGAUGUAUAUAAGGGCAUCUCUGACAAUCUUUGUUAAAAUUGUAGGUUUUCAUUGACCUGGUUCGACCCAUUCCCUGCUGAGAUUUAGAAAAGCUGAUUAUAUGAGUGGGAAUUCCACUCACACAGUAGGGCUACUGAAUUGCCCCAAUGAAUUAAGGUCAGACACACUCGUAAUUCCUUUUCUCUCAUAUCAGAUCUUUUUCUGUUCGAUAUUGACCUACCAUCAACACGCUGUAUGUUUUUUUUUAUUUCUUAUAAAUGCUGUUACCAAAACUCAAAA